AUUACCUUUAUUGACAUGUCAUUUUAUUCACACAGGUGAUGAAUCUUCUUGAUUAUCGUGAUACGGAUAUAGCUCUAAUUACAAAAGGGCAACUGGAAGGCAAACAAUCGCAGUUGGACAUCGAGCAUGUGAAAGAAGAAGGAUUUUGGCAGUAUAUGAAUCUGCUUUAUUGGAAACCUACGGAACUAUUCGAUGGAGACAGUGGAGUUCUCGACUUUAACUCAGUUAAGAAAAACAUUCCCCAUGUUUUUAAUUCUGGAGGUCCAUUCACCAUUUUAGAAAAAUCUACAAAAUGUAAGGAGUCUGAAACCUUCAUUGAUCGAUAUGGGAGCCCAAGUGUGAGAAACGAUACGAAUGACAGGGAAGAGGAAGCAAGUGUGUUGACUGCCAACAUUAUAGACAAGAUUGCCAAAGUGAAAAUCAAAGAACCGGUGUUUAUCACUGACGUACAGUUGGAACCCAAUGAGGCUGCCAUCACGGUGGAAGAUGGCCCUUCAAAUGUUAAAGUCCAGCUGAAUUGUCUAAAGAAUCCUGUAAGGAAAUUGCCACAAAUACCACGUCACACGGAGAAUGUGGCAUCUACCACACCACUUAUCCCACCUAUACCCCAAUGUCUAAGUUCACCAAGGCCACAAGUUGCCCAUUCACUUCCUACAUUCAUAAAUCAGUUCAGCGACACUGAGUGGUUCCAAAGAUGUUUCAACUCCAUUGACCUGAUGAACUUGCCAACGGCACAAACUCCAGGUGGCUUUCUUGCACUGCUGUUGCAACUGCUCGUAACUGCAGACUAUAGCAGUAAGACUGAUCUGGUAAAUGCUAUCCAGAAACUAUAUUUCCAAGAAAAGCAAGGCUCUCUGACUGAAAUAUGUAACAGAUUGUAUGCUGUUCUCAAUGCGGAAAUACCACCCAACUGCAAGGUGGAUGAGCAACGUGCAUUCAUCCAGACAACAUUACAAACAUUACUCACUGUUGGGUUUCGGAGUAAAGAACUUUUGACUGAGUUUAUGGUGCAGUUUCUUCAAGCUGAUGACAAUUUCAGGAAGGUGUUGUGGACUAUGCUGAAUCAAGCAGGGCUACGUGACCCACAUGCCUACUUUGCCAAGGAGAUGAUAUCCUGGAAUCUUUGGUCCAGAGAUGACUUUACCAAACAGGAUUUACAAAGGAUCUGCAUGGCAUGGGUAGACCGAUGUAUUAUGCAUUUUAAGGGAACAAUGCUGCCUAAUACACCGGUUGUUCUGGGAACAUCGCAAGAGUUCUUUGUUUCAAUGGAGACAGUAAACCUCUACUGCGCUGCCCAGCUAGAGAAAGAGCUGCUGUUUGCAUCAGAUGUGACCCCUUGCUUGGCUUAUGCACAGAUUAUGAAAAACACUGUUUUGGUUCUGCCAAAAAUUAAAAGUUCUCAGGCUCUGGUUCGUUUAGGGGAGACUCAAGUCAGGAGCAGACAAUGCCACUCUGAAGCACACCUCCCAUCCUUGGCCCACAAGAAGCAGCUGAAGGAUUGUCUUCCAUUUAUUGGCCUCCCAAUUUGUAGAUAUAACCUGCAACCAUUUUCUUCAACUGCCAGCAUCUCUGAACAUCAACAGGUCACACUCAGAAAUUCUCGCAAAUAUUUCAUCAUCAACCAAUCUUACGUGUAGCACAACAAAGGACACAUUCGAUAUAACACAUUUUGCAAUACAUCGUGAAAUAUGUUACAAUACAUUUAAUAUAUAAAGUGUGUACACUUGUAUUGUGGCAAAUAAGGUCAGUUUCUGAUUUAAAUAUUCAGCAAAUAGUUAUGAGAUAACACAUACAGCUAAAUGCCUUCUGGUUAUAUUCAUAUUUGACACAUUUUUGACAUAGGUCUUGUAACUGCAUAUAUGCAGAUACUAGAUUUGAAGCUUUCGUGACUGCAGGAAUUACUCUGGUUCUGUCGGUAAAGUCACGUAGGAAGAAAGUAAAUUAAAUAAUAGAAUACGACGUUUCGAUUGCAACACAAGCAACCGUUAUCAGGUAGAAAUACAUUUGAGAGAGACAAAACACAGACACGGAGACACACAGACACACAAGCAGAUAGAGACAACACAGAGAUAAACACACAACAUAGACACAGAGAUCCAAUGCCUCUUAAAUAGAGAGAGAGGGGGGAGGAUGGAACCACCUUUCCGGGGAGGAUGUAAGUUUGUUUUUUCUCUCUCCGUGUGUCUAUGUUUGUCAAAUUUCAGACUUAACUUCAAAUAUUUGCAAUCUUUGGAGAUCGUAAUCAACCAGGCUAUGCCUUAAUUGUGUGUUAGCCGACUCUCUGUUGUUGGAUUUAGGACCCUUUUUCCAAAAUUCAUAUUAAUAAUAAUUCUGCCAAAUAUUUUUUUUCAUAUACUCACUUGCGGGGUCGCUGGGAGCACAAACGGACGCUCGCAACAGAAAGCCGGAGAUUAACCUUAAAAUAUAACAAGUAAACCCGUAAAAACAAGGUUUUUCACUCUAAAUCCUUUAUAUGCGUGGCGGCUAGAGUUCUCUCGUCCUCUGGCUUGAGAUGGCUGCAAUCUAUGGGUCAGAUGAUUGUCUGCCAGUAUUAAGCAAUUGGUAAUUAAAUAUUUAAUUAGUUUUCCCUAAACAGUGUAAAAUUUUGGAAAAAAAAUUUCACGAAAAUUAAUUGUCACACACAACGAGUCUGUGUGGAAAAUGUCAGCUCGAUUGGAUCACGGGAAGUGGGUUAAAAAACGAGCGAAAGAUUUGCACGGUCCUAAGCAAGCAAGCGAACUUAAUAUAAAGGAUUUAAAAAUAUAUUCGCCUGUGGAGGACGCGGGGAUCGAUCCCGCGACCUUUGGCAUGGGAAGCGAGGGCGCUACUAACUGCGCUACUCCACGGCCUGUGGAGGGGUUACGCUCUGGGCUCUUGCACUGUGAUGUUCAGCCAAAACUAUGAAUGCGUUCUAUUUGAAUAUAUGUAAAAUAAUUUUUUUUUGCCUAAAAAGUGUAAAAUUUUGGGAAUUUUUUUUCACGAACAAUAAUUGUCUGGCACAACGAGUCUGUGUGGAAAAUGUCAGCUCGAUUGGAUCACGGGAAGUGGGUUAAAAAACGACCGAAAGAUUUGCACGGUCCUAAGCAAGCAAGCAAGCACGCGAACUUAAUAUAAAGGAUUUAAUGAAAGGAUCCCCCCCGUACAAAGGAGAGCAAGAGGAAGUGGCUCUCACAAAGAGUUUUAUUGCAGGUUGGGCAUGUGUUCCACGGAUGAAAAGAUGGCUCGGGGAAGGAGAUUUAACAGAUGUCUCAAUAAAACACACGCACACACGGACACAUAUACCACUCCCCCUCCCCACAGAAAGCGAUAUCAAAGUAAAGUUGGGCUUUUGUGAACAGAGACAGAGAGGGGAGGGAUUAUACAAUUCUAAGUACGAACACAACUCAAAAAUUGUCAUUCUUGCUCCAGUCUUGCGAAAGAGCACGAGGGAGCAAGCACCGACCCCAACCAUGUCUCGCAGAGAGAAGUGACGAUGCGCGUUUUGAGAGCUGGAUUCGGCACGAGCCGACAAGAGUAUCGCUGAAAGUUUUUAUGCUACAUUUACCCUGAUGUGUUAAGUCGCUCGCAAAGUCAAGGAUUGCGACAAGUGGUAUUGUACUAAGCCUUCACAGUUGUUUAGAGGUGUGCGAAUACAAUUCACAACUUUUGAGAGGGAGCACCAGCAAAAGCGCCAUACAUCGAAAGCAUCAUCACCACCGACGCAGGAGAUCAUCACCACCGACGCAGAAGAAGACUCCGCAACUCAUCAAGUAUGGAGAGGCUCGCUGGGUAGCGAUAUGCUAAACCAAGCAGGAGUUCUGCACCAACAGAAGUAUCGCGACACCGAGCCGCUGCAGUGCGAGUGAGACUGGCGAAGAUUCCAGUUAACACUCAUGAAAUAGCGAAAGCGCCCAACUUCGACCAGAGAGAGAAAGCAGGCGGCUCACUGCAGCCACGCCCGAGCGAGAGGGAACUUCUCCGAAGCCGUUCGUAUCAUACGCCCUCCCCCACACUCACAAACCCACGACGCGCCCGGCGUCUGCUCCCACAUGAAUUUAUCAAGGGGACAAUCAAACGCCCCCACACAAUGGAAUCAACCCUAGCCAAUCAUAAGAAGACUAAUUAUGAAAGUGCAUGGAUCAUCAGCUGGCCGUGAAGGCAUUGCGGCUCAUCGAUUGAUAAGAAUACGUCGUUUAUAAGUGCCUUAGUAGUUUAUUUUUAUUUUUCGUUUUUUUUAAUCGCAUAAAUUACCAAUAUAUUCAUCGAUGUAAACUAAACUUUCGAAACCUUCGUCACGAAUCUACACUCUCACAGAGAUAGAAUAUUGUGUUAAACCUGUUUCUUUGCCAUAAAACCUUGUCCACGAAUUAAUUAAAGCUUAGCCAGAUAUAUGAAUCUUCCGUAAGAGGGCACGCCCACCGUCGCACACCAUUGUUCCAAGACAUUUCGUUAAAUAUAUAAUCUUGCCGAUGAAUCUAUUGACGUAUACUUUUGCCUUUGGGGUAUAAUAAUUUGCUUGUAUUGCCUUUCGUAUGACUAUCAUUGCAUGCCUGUUUUAAAUACUCUACCUGUGGCCGGAUACGCUCGUGUUACUCUGUGGAAUUAAUUUAUUGUUCUGAUUACCCAGUUUGACAACAUAAUCACUGCGGGUUAAAUGCAUGGAUCAAUAAGGAGAACAUCUCCAGGAGUACUGUGUUAAUAAUUCCAAGCAUGAGAGUUCGCAUAUUAGAGUGACAUGUUUUUGUUUAGAAUUAAAAUUGCUUAACACAGAAGUGUUUGAGUGUUUAUUUCCUAAGUUCAUGCAUAACAAUCUUAUUUAUAAGAACUGUAUCCUGCGUUGAGAUAUUAAU